GUGACAGCUAUGGGGUGCUGCCCCGGCCCUGCCACGCGCUGGUGCUGCUGAACCCACAGAGCGGCUCUGGCCGUGCCCUUGAUGACUUCCAGGCUGUGGUGCAGCCCAUGCUGGCCGAGGCAGAUAUUGCCACCACUGUCUUCGUCACUGAGAGACCCCACCACGCCCAUGAGAAGGUGCGAGAUGAGGACCUGUCGCAGUGGGACACCUUGGUGGUCAUGUCUGGGGACGGGCUGCUGUUCGAGGUGGUGAACGGGCUGAUGGAGCGCCCAGACUGGAAGGAGGCCAUGAAGAAGCCGCUGUGCAUCCUGCCAGGAGGCUCUGGGAAUGCCCUGGCUGCCUCUAUCAACUACUAUGCAGGCUACGACCAUGUCGCCAAGAAAAAGCUGCUGACGAAUUGCACCUUCAUCCUGUGCAAGGGGCUGUACACGCAGAUGGACCUGGUGUCACUGAGCACGGCCUCGGGCAAGCACUUCUUCUCCUUCCUGGGCUUUGGCUGGGGCUUCAUCUCGGACGUGGACAUCGACAGCGAGAAGUACCGCUGGCUGGGCAGCGCCCGCUUCACCCUGGGCACGCUGCAGUGCCUGGCCAAGCUGCGGGUGUACCAGGGCCGCCUGUCCUACCUGCCCGUGGCCGCGGAGCAGGGCAGCUCCCCGGAGCCCCGGGACCCCCGCGCGCCCCUCACCAACGGCCACAUCCCGCAGGCCGCGGGGACGGGCGCGCCCGGCUCGCUGCCCCCCGACUCGCUGCUGGCGCCGCUGGGCCAGCCCGUGCCCGCGCAUUGGACCGUGGUCCCCGAGGAGGAGUUUGUGCUGGUCUAUGCCAUCUACCAGUCCCACCUGGGCACCAACCUGCUGAUGGCGCCGGCGGCCCGGCUGCACGACGGCGUCAUCCACCUCUUCUACAUGAAGGCCGGCAUCAGCCGCGUGACGCUGCUGAAGCUCUUCCUGGCCAUGUCCAGGGGAACGCACCUGGACUUGAACUGUCCCCACCUGUGCUACGUCCCCGUGCGGGCGUUCCGCCUGGAGCCGCGGGUGGCCGCGGGCAUCAUGACCGUGGAUGGGGAGGCGCUGGCCUGCGAGCCCGUGCAGGGCCAGGUCCAUGCCCGCCUCUGCCGCGUCCUCAGCGGCUCCUGAGCUCCCCGCUCGCCCUCCCUGCAGCGCUGAGCUGCCGGCACGGCCCGGCGCGAGGGUGGCAGAGCCUUCCUCCCACUCAGGAACCCCCUCCUUCCAUAGCAAUAGGUCUUGGGGGGAGCGUGGGGCUCAUCCCCUCGCUUGCCCCCACGCUUAGCUUUACCCCUUUGGGACAGCCAGCGCUGUUCCAAACGUGAGCCACAUGCCCCAUCAGGUACUCGGUGCCGGCGAGAUGCCAGCGUGUUUUAUCCUGGUACGAGGUCCCGGCCCCAGGCGGCUGCGCCGGCACAGCCCCGUCCCCUCCCCGGCUCGGACGCACACGGUGGCAUUGCUGUGUCCCCGCCCCGGAGCCAGUGCCACCCCCCAGGGAGGGUCAGGACCAAUAGAUCUAAUACAAUAAACCAACUUUUUAAAGAAUGUUUCUACCCAAAGCUUCCUGUAGAAGCGGAGUUUAUUCUUGUGAGAAAUGCAAAAU